ACUCCACUGGCGGUGCUGUCGACGGCCAAGGCGGCCAUCUGCCGAUCGCUCAUCACGAAGGCGGCUGCUAAUGAUGAACUCGGGAAGAUUUUCGCAAUGGUGGCGUCAGCCGAGGCCCUCGUCCCGAUCGUGGCCAGUCUCGUCUACAGCAAACUUUAUUCUGCCACCUUAGACCUAUUCAUCGGAACCUUUUAUCUCCUCUCGUCGGCCAUUCUCUUCCUCGUCGGGAGCAUGUACAUGUACGUUUUCUACCUGACUCGGAAACACAACUUGUAUAAAGACAGAGAGAAGGAUUGAGCGCGCUGCAUCUCCCGAAAGGCCGCAUCCACUCAUCUUUUCAGUCUUCUUUCGUGAUUGUUUAAAUCGACUUCGUGUUGGAAAUGAAGCUGUGAAUCCUCUCUAGCUUUUCUCUGAGCGGCGAUCGCGAGUCGAGACGCGUUUCUUCCUCAGGAGAAAUUCCAAGACGAAGUAUGCCGUCACCCCGGACAGAAGAAGGGCCAUGAGGAUCCCGAGUUUGUAAACCGUGCAGAGUCGGCUGCUGAUGAAGUAGGCGAGGACGAAGCCGACGCUCUCCGUCACUUUGUAGGCACUGAAGGCUGCUUCUUCUUUUCCUUCGGACAGGACACCUAAAAGACCUGAAACAGACAGCCAGAAAAAAAAGC